AUGGCUUCCGCAUACGCAACGAGUUUGCCUUCUGACUCGGUUCAACCUACUCAACAAAACCUUACCUCGCCAGCCUCCGAAUCCACACCCCUUUUACGGUCUUCAGACAUAAUUUACGAAGAUAUUCCAUUAAAUGAUGCGCCCGAUGAUAUGACAUAUGAUUUUAAGGAAGCAGCGUUUAUUUUUCGAAAGGCAGUGCCUAUAGCGCUGACUUACCUUAUAGAAUUCUCGCUACAUAUUGUAUCCGUUAUCACUUUGGGACAUCUGGGAUCGGUUGAAUUGGCCUCGUCGGCAUUGGCAUCAAUGUUUGCCUCGGUUACCGGUUGGUCUAUAGCAUUCGGUGCUGCUACAGCCCUCGACACUCUUUGCUCUCAAGCUUUCACUUCAGUCGUAUGGUUAAACGCAGAAUCGAUAUUAAUAUUUCUCGGACAAAGAGAAGAUUUGGCACGAUAUGCUGGUCUCUUUUUGCGAUGCUUGUUGUGUGGAGCACCAGCUUUUGUCAUGUUUGAGUGUCUUAAGAAGUAUUUACAGGCACAAGGAAUAGUGAAAGCCCCAACUUACGUAUUAGUAAUCGCCGCAACGUUAAAUAUAUGCUUAAACUACCUUCUCGUCUGGUAUGAACCGUUUUCUCUCGGUUUUAUUGGGGCCCCCAUUGCAACCGCGACAACGUAUUGGUUUAUGUUAAUUCUGCUCAUUGGUUACAUCCGAUACUUUGAUGGGUACCAGGUGUGGGGAGGAUGGACAAGGCAAUGUCUUUCGGGUUGGGGUGAAGUUGUAAUGUUAGCUGUGCCAGGCAUUUUCAUGAUUUGUUCCGAGUGGUGGGCUUUCGAACUCAUAGCCCUAGCUGCGGGUUACUUUGGUGAAACAGCUCUGGCAGCUCAGAGCGUGAUCCUCACAACUGGCUCGACGUUAUUCCAGUUUCCCUUUGGUGUCGCCGUCUCGGCAUCAAAUCGUGUUGGAAAUCUUAUUGGGGCGGGAUUGGUCAAGAGAGCUCAGAUUAGCUCGCGUAUGGCUAUGAUCUUGGCAGUUAUAGUUGGAGGAACAACAAUGUCAUUGUUGUUGGUGUGUAGGCAUUCUUGGGGAUAUCUGUUUACCGGAGAUAAAGAUGUUGUGGAAUUAGUAGCAUCGGUUUUACCAAUGUGCGCCGCGUUUCAGAUAAGCGACGCACUUGGAACGGUAGGCGGUGGUAUAAUUCGCGGUCUCGGUCGUCAAAAAAUCGGCGCUACGCUUAACAUAAUCGCAUAUUACUUUAUUGGUCUUCCAUUCUCCUUGGUCACGGCUUUCAUCUUUGAGUGGCGCCUGAUAGGUCUGUGGGCUGGUUUAAUGAUUGGAUCGAUGUGUGUUGGGGCGGGAGAACUGAUUCUGAUCAUGAAGACUAAUUGGGGGCGGGAAGCAGAAAAUGUAAGAAUAAGAUUUUUAGCGGACAACGCAAAGACGAGGAGGAACAAUGAGCUGAACAGGGAAGUUGGGAAUGGGCUUAACGAUGGGGUGGAGUAUGGGAACGCGUGA